GGCCACAGAAUUGUUACUCACGGACAGACACAGAAUUGUUACUUGAGGGACACAGAAUUGUUACUGAGGGCCACAGAAUUGUUACUUAGGGCCACAGAAACGUUAAUCAGGGACAGACACAGAAUUGUUACUGAGGGACACAGAAUUGUUACUCAGGGACACAGAAUUGUUACUGAGGGCCACAGAACUGUUACUUAGGGCCACAGAAUUGUUACUCAGGACAGACACAGAAUUG